AUGGCUGACAAAGAGAAGGUAAAGAAGAAGAAGGUAAAGAAGGAAGAACCAAAAGAAGCCGCACCAGUGGAAGAAGCACCAGCACCAGCACCAGUCGCUGAACCCGAAGCACCUCCUUCUCAUUCCAGCACAAAACACAGCAGCCGUAAAAGUUCAUCCAAGAAAGUCCGCAGGUCUGGCAGUAAUGUGUUCUCUAUGUUCACAACCCAACAAGUGGCCGAAUUCAAAGAGGGUUUCUCGAUGAUGGACUGGGAUAAAGAUGGCAUUUUGGGCAAAGAGGACUUGAGAGCCACUUGGGACAAAGUGGGCAAGCUUGUCACAGAUCCUGAACUCGAAGCUAUGUUGGGCGAAGCUUCUGGCCCAGUUAACUUCACCCAAUUGUUGACCUUGUUUGCAGCUAGGAUGUCUGAUGGAGGUCAAACCGACGAUGACGAGACUGUUAUUGCUGCCAUCAAGUCGUUCGAUGACAACGGUAAAAUCGACAGCGAAAAGCUGAGGUACGGUCUAUUGAACUGGGGUGACAAAUUCUCCAACCAAGAAGUCAAAGAUGCUUUUGACAACAUGGAAAUUGACAAAAAAGGAUUGAUCGACACCGAAGACCUCAUCUCCAUGGUUUUGGGAUCUGGUGACGAUGAAUAA